AUGGAGGAGGUUCUAGUUUUGAUUGUUGGCGCUGGGCCGGCAGGCCUUGCGACAGCAGCGUGUCUUAGCCAAUUCUCUAUCCCCUAUGUCAUCGUCGAGCGUGAGAGUUGCAGCGCACCCCUAUGGCAGAACCGCGCGUAUGAUCGUCUCAAGAUACAUCUUGCCAAAGAGUUCUGUGAGUUGCCACACAUGUCGUACCCAGUAGAUGCUCCAACAUACAUACCGAAAAACCAAUUUGUCAAGUGCUUGGAUGACUACAUUGAGCGUUUCAACAUUCAGCCAAAGUAUCUGACCGCUGUCGAGUCAUCCACAUAUGACAUCGACGAAAAAUGUUGGUCCAUCAUAGCGCGUGACAUAGAGAAAUGCACAAUAGUCAAUUACAAGGCGAAGUUUCUUGUUGUGGCAAGUGGCGAGAAUAGUGAAGACAAUAUUCCAGUGGUCCCUGGACUGGAAACUUUUCCCGGUGUGGCCAUCCAAUCAUCAAACUACAAGUCAGGCAUCAGCUACACAGGGAGGAAUGUGUUGGUCGUUGGAUCUGGCAACUCUGGGAUGGAGAUUGCAUAUGACCUUUCAUCUCAUGGUGCCAAUACUUCUAUUGUUAUACGAAGCCCGGUUCAUAUAAUGCCUAAGGAAUUAAUUCGAUUAGGGAUGACACUAGUACGUCAUCUUCCAAUGAAGCUGGUAGAUGAUCUCAUUGUGAUGAUGGCAAAUUUCAUAUUCGGUGAUCUAACUAGGCAUGGCAUCACCAGACCAAAAAAGGGUCCAUUUGUCGUCAAGUCAGGAUCUGGCCGAUUGGCCGUGAUUGAUGUUGGCACAGUGGGGUUAAUCAAGAAAGGCAAUAUUAAAGUUCAAGGAAGGAUGACAAAGAUUAAAGGUAAAGUAGUUGAAUUCGAAGGUGGGAAAGAAGGCUCCUUCGACGCAAUUCUGUUUGCAACGGGCUACAAAAGCACAGCAAAUAGGUGGCUCAAGAAUGGUGAGGACAUGUUGAAUAGUGAUGGCUUGCCAAACAAGGAAUUGGAAUUUCAAAAUCAUUGGAAAGGUGCAAACAUGAUCUAUUGUGCUGGGUUGGGGAGGAGGGGCUUGGCCGGCAUUGCCUUAGAUGCCAAGAACAUCAGCAGCGACAUUAAAUCUAGCAUAGAGUCUAUGCCUGGCUAA